CAGGUGUACCUGCAGCACCAGGUCGCAAGGCGCAUCGCCGAGGAUCUGGAGGUCUUGCCUGGUCACGAGAUACACAUCGACCCGGCCCUGCUCUUCUUCAUCCUCAAGGUUCGGCGGGAGCACCUGCUGGAGGACACCGCCGAGAGGCUCCAGGCCGCCAACCCGGACGACCUGCGGAGGCAGCUGAAGAUCGUCUUCGAGGGCGAGCAGGGGGUCGACGAAGGCGGCCUGGCGCGGGAGUUCUUCAGGCUCCUGGGCACCGAGCUCUUCACCACCGAGCAGGGCCUGUUCGACGCGGACGUCGCGCGCAGUGCACGGGUGUUGUGGCCCGACCGCGCCUCGAAGCGGGAGGC